CGAGCUAAGGUAGGAAGGCACCUAGUCAACUCCUUCUGCAGCAGACAAAGCCAUAUUAGAAUUCACAAGCUGUCCCAUAGAAGUGUUUCUCGAGAUUGACCACAACGAUGCGACAAAUCCGACGUCAGCUGAAGGUGGGAUUGAUCUGGUCUGUUUUGGUUGCUCUGGGGGUCUUUACAGUGCUUGUCGUGGUUAAACCCACCCAGCCGACCAAGUGGGAAGACAAACACGCACCAAGAAAUAGGUCGGGUUUACUGAUGACGACAGCCCAGACUCCAGCGCCGGUACAUAGGCCUCAAAAUCAGUUCCCCAGUCGUUUAUAUCUUACCCGAGUUAGAAUGUAUGCGGAAGCUGAGCGGUAUCUGAAAAAUGUCCCUCACAACACAACUCACCGACAGGAACUGGAUAUCAUGAAAGUGCGGAUCUAUGAACCUGACGCAGAAUUUACAAGCCCGUGCCGGUGGGUAGAGCACGUUCCUGAAAAUAAUUGUCCUGAUGCUGAGGCCCCAUUGAAGAAAGCCCUUACGUGGAGCAGCCCCGAAAGGGGGAAGAUCCUUCGCUGCCUCCCUUACUUCUUCCUGGCAGGAGUGAACAAAUGUGGCACCUCGACGCUGUUUUUCAGAAUACAGAAACACCCUGACGUUACCCCUCAUGCUAUAAAAGAGACUAAGUGGAUCAAUCGACACAGACUAUUUCCUUUCUGUUCCUCGAUAGAGACGUACCUCGAUUAUCUGCAGCUGACUUCAUCUUUUAUCCAGAGUAAAUACAGGCAAGGUGAAGUUAGUCCGUAUGUCAUAGGAGAUGGAACACCCUCCUAUCUAUCUACGAACGACUUUUGGGAUAUGAUGCCUGGCAACGAGGGAUGCAAGGAACCAUGUGUGACAAAUGCUGACAUCAUUCACCAUCUGAACCCUCGAGCUAGACUCAUCAUAAUCCUCAGGAACCCAACGACCAGACUCUACUCCUCAUACUUUCAAAAAGCCAAACUGUACAGAAGCAAGGUGUCAAAACAAGGUUUCCACGAUCUGGUUGUUAAAGAGAUUGCAAACUUUAAAACCUGUCUGACAUCACAGUCGUUCCGAGGGUGUUGCUACAACUAUUCUUUAUCGAAUUCUUUCACAGAGGCGCUGGAUGUCAGACGAGGUAUCUACCAUGUGUUCAUGUCCGACUGGAUGAAACUUUUUCCAAGAGACCAAAUACACGUGAUUAAGUUUGAAGAUUAUAUAAAAAAUGAAAAAACGCAUCUGGCGGAAAUCUUCAAAUUUCUUAAAUUGAGAAAUCUGUCUGACGAAGAUUUGGAGAACAUAGCGAAUAUGAAGCCAGCAAACCAAAGGCAUUAUGGGGCUGAGGUCGGGGAUAUGUUGAACUCUACACGUGACCUCAUCGACAGAUUUUAUAAACCGCAUAAUGACGAAUUUUCAAUAUUAAUGAAAAACAAAUAUUGGAAUUGGUAAGAUGUUUACCCAGACUAGUGGCUGUUAAUACCAAGAAGUAGAUGGGUAUCGGCACGUGGGGAACUGAACAACACAUUUAAUGAACCUUGGGGCUUGAAUGCUUUUACAUUUUGAUAUUAAAUACUGAAUUGUGCGUACUUAUACACACACCCUAGUGCGUGAUGGUUGUAUUAUCAUACAUGUACCAGCAUAUGUUCCAAAACGUCUUAUA